UGGUUGAUGUCGACGCACCCACUGUUUUCGUGUUGUUCCUGACAAACCAAUGUCCUUUAAGUCUGGCGGUGACGUGUGAGCUGAAGCCCCGCCCACGGACGCAGAAACGUCAGUUGGAGCGCAUGCGCGGAAGACUAGCGAUCGGAGUGUGUUGAGUCGGUAUUCCGGUUCCGUAGAGUCGGUGAAGCUGGAGCUCCGGUGUGAACAUGAGUCUGACAGCCGGUAACGGGACCGGGCGGAUCGGCUCCGGGUUUCCCCGAUGAUGCGGCGGAGGACAGAAUCCGCGGAUGGUGUGUGUGUGUGUGUGUGUCCACUACAGGAUUAGAGACGUGCAGACACUGGUGUUGUUCAGCGUGACGUCACACAGAUGAUGCUGGCCAACACAGAGAACGAGCAGAAGCAGGCGAGUGGCGCCGCCCUGCAGGUCCGUCUGUACUGCUGCAGAGACGGGGCCGGAGUCAUCAGCUAUCCUGCAGGAGAAUACACAGCGGAGGAGCUGAGCGUCACUGCAGCCAAACAAUGCGGGGUCAGCCCUGUGCACUGUGCUCUGUUCGGGCUGAUGCGGGAGCGGGACCGUGUCUGGCUGCCACCCAAUCACAUCUUCAAGAUCGAGCCCUCGGCCAAUGAGACGCUGCUGUUCAGAGUCAGGUUCUAUUUCCCCGGCUGGUACGGCAGCGGCUGCAGCUCCGCCCGCAGGUACGGCCUCAGCAGGAGCUCCGAGGCGCCGGUGUGUGAUGACAUCACCACAGCGUACCUGUGCGCACAGUGGCGGUCAGACUUCCUGAGCGGAGCGGUCAGUGUCCCCGUCAGUCUGGAGUUUCAGGAGGAGUGUUUGGGUUUGGCGGUUCUGGACAUCAUGCGAUUGGCUAAAGAGAAGGGCAAAUCACCUGUCGACAUCUACAACCACAGCAGUUAUAAGUCGUUUCUGCCGAAGAACAUGCGGGAGCACAUCCAGAACCAGCACUUGGUGACCCGCAAGAGGAUCCGCUUCCGCUUCCGCCGCUUCCUCCAGCAGUUCGGCUCCUGUAAAGCCGCGCCGCGAGAGCUGAAGCUCAAAUACGUGGUGAGCCUGGAGACGCUGCAGCCGGCCUUCUACAGCGAGCACUUCCGGGUCAGCGAGGCGUCCGCAGGAAGUGUCACCAUCGUGGUGAGCGGAGACCGCGGCAUCCAGUGGUGUCGGGCGGCGGCGCCGGAGCCAGAGGAUCUGCAGGUGUACUGCGACUUCUCAGACGUCAUCGACAUCAGCAUCAAGCAGGGGACCAAAGACGGGUCGGUGGAGAACAGGAUCGUCACUAUAAACCGACAGGACAGCCAGACACUGGAGCUGGAGUUCCAGUCUCUGAGUGAGGCUCUGUCGUUUGUGUCUCUGAUCGACGGCUACUACAGACUGACCACAGACGCCCAUCAUUACCUGUGUAAGGAGGUGGCGCCCCCUAGACUACUGGAGGCCAUUCAGAUCAACUGCCAUGGGCCUUUGUCGACGGAGUUCGCCGUCAGCCGUCUGCGGCGCUGUGAGGGUCAGCCGGGUGUCUACAUCCUGCGCUGCAGCCCUAAAGACUACGACAGGUACUUCCUGUCCUUCAUGGUGGAGGCGGAGGGCCAGCUGGAGCUGAAGCACUGUCUGGUGUUGCGCUCUCUCUCCGGGGAGUUUGUGCUGAGCGGCGCACGCUGCAGCUUCAGCAGUCUGAGUGAGCUACUGGCACGCUACCAGAAGGAGGCGCUGCGCUCCGACACACACGUCUUCCAGCUGCGCCGCUGCUGCCCGCCGCGCAGCAAAGAUAAGUCGAAUCUGCUGGUGUGCCGCACUCAUCAAGGCUCUGAGGUGUGUGCGCCGUCCUCUGAGCACCGGCUGGUCAACCAGAUGAUCUUCCACAAGAUCCACAGAGAAGACCUGCAGACGACGGAGGGUCUGGGUCAGGGCACCUUCACACAGGUCUUCCGUGGCAUCCGGCGAGAGGUUGGAGAUUAUGGAGAAGUGCACAAGAUGGAGGUGGUGAUGAAGAUUCUGGACAAGAGUCACCGCAACUACACUGAGUCGUUCUUCGAGUCGGCCAGUAUGAUGAGCCAGCUCUCCCAUAAACACCUGCUGCUGAACUACGGCAUCUGUGUGUGCGCGGAUGAACACAUCAUGGUGCAGGAGUACGUGCGCUUCGGCUCUCUGGACACGUACCUGAAGAGAAACCGCAACACCAUCAACAUCACCUGGAAGCUGGAGGUGGCUAAGCAGCUAGCAUGGGCGCUACAUCACCUGGAGGAGAAAAGUCUGACCCAUGGGAACGUCUGCGCCAGGAAUGUUCUGGUGACCCGUGAGGAGGACCGUAAAACAGGGACACCACCCUUCAUCAAGCUCAGCGACCCGGGCAUCAGCAUCACCGUCCAGCCCAGAGAGAUUCUGCUGGAGCGUAUCCCCUGGGUUCCUCCAGAGUGUGUGAAGGACAGCAGGAAUCUCAGUCUGGCUGCAGAUAAGUGGAGCUUCGGCACCACACUGUGGGAGAUCUACUGCGGAGGAGAACAGCCGCUCGCUGCGUACGACACGGCCAAGAAGCUGCUGUUCUAUGAGGAUAAGCACCAGCUGCCGGCCCCUAAGUGGACCGAGUUGGCCAGUGUGAUCAACAGCUGUAUGGACUAUGAGCCGCUGCACCGGCCGUCCUUCAGGGCGCUGAUCCGAGACCUCAACAGCCUCUACACUCCAGACUAUGAGCUGCUGGUAGAGAGCGACACAGUUCCCAGCAGGCAUCGGGGCCCAGGCCUCGCCGGAGCCUUCGAGAGUCAGGAGCCCACACAGUUCCAGGCGCGACACCUGAUAUUCCUGCAGCUGCUGGGGAAGGGUAAUUUCGGCAGUGUGGAGAAGUGCCGCUAUGACCCGCUGCAGGAUAACACCGGUGAGGUCGUGGCGGUGAAGAAGCUUCAGCACAGCACGGCGGAGCACCUGCGCGACUUCGAGCGCGAGAUCGAGAUCCUGCGGUCGCUGCAGCACGAGAACAUCGUGCGCUAUAAGGGCGUGUGUUACAGCGCAGGACGCAACAACCUGCGGCUGGUGAUGGAGUUCCUCCCGUUCGGCAGCCUGCGAGACUACCUGAGCAAGAACAGGGAACGCUUCGACCACAGCAAACUGCUGCUGUACGCCUCGCAGAUCUGCAAGGGCAUGGACUAUCUGGCAGAGAAGCGUUACGUUCAUCGGGAUCUGGCCACGCGCAACAUCCUGGUGGAGAGCGAGUUUCGGGUGAAGAUCGGAGACUUCGGCCUGACUAAAGUUCUCCCUCAGGAUAAGGAGUAUUACACAGUGCGAGAGCCCGGAGAAAGCCCCAUAUUCUGGUAUGCGCCGGAGUCUCUGACCGAGAGUAAGUUCAGCGUGGCGUCAGACGUCUGGAGUUUCGGAGUCGUCCUCUAUGAACUGUUCACCUACAGUGAGAAGAGCUGCAGUCCUCCAGCGGUGUUCAUGGAGCAGAUGGGUGAGGAUAAACAGGGUCAGAUGAUCGUCUAUCACCUGAUCGACCUGCUGAAGCGGAACUACCGGCUGCCCGCUCCAGAUGGGUGUCCAGCAGAGAUCCAUGCGCUGAUGAAGCAGUGCUGGGCCCCGGAGCCGGCCGAUCGCCCCCUGUUCAGAGACCUCGCUCGCACAGUCGAGGACAUCCAGGACAGCCAGAGCGGCUGACGGAGGACACGCCAGAGACACGCAUGUGCACACGCUUACAUAUCAAAACCCACAUGUAAUCUGAGUGAGGAGGACUUAUUCAGCGACUGCAUGAGGAUCUGUCUGUGUGGGAAACGACUAGGAAUGAUAAACAGCAGUAAACAACAAUCCACUCCAGCUACAGACAUGUGUUUAUACAAUAAUUAACAUUAAUGAUGAGAGAACACCCGCACACAACAUGAAGAGGAGCUUUACAGCGAUAAAUCAAUCAGUGGAGGUGAAUGAGCUCAAAGCGCCGCUCUCAUGAGGAUAAUAAGAUCAGCACAGACGCAGAGGGCACUGGCUUACUGCUAAAGCUGGGAAAUGAUCAAACAUCAGAGGGUUUUCUGUCUAAUAUAUAUAUAUAUAUAUAUAUAUAUAUAGAGAGAGAGAGAGAGAGAGAGAGAGAUGGUGCAUUACAUAUUUGUAUUUUUUUCUUAAUAAUUUCUCAAAGUUUGAGUCAGGUGGAGCUGAACUGUGGAUGAUCAGAGAUGUGAGACUGAAGCGUUCUGCUGUAAACAGUGUUCAAUUAACCUCACAUCAGCACCUGCUGAACAUCUCCAUUAUAGAUGCCUUCACUCUCAUCAUUUCUGCUGUGUUUAUUUGCGUUCAAGCCUGUUUUAAAAAGAGAUUUUACAGAUUUUAAUCGCUCGCUCUCCUCUGGAUCUGCUGCUUUACUGGAUUUCCCCUCUGCUGCUGUGAAUGAUUGUGUUGGUGUUAUCUGAUGCUGGAUCUUUACUGCAAAGAAGACGAAGUGAUGUCUGAGUUUCAUUAAGAUCAAGUGUAUAGAGCCAUUGUGCAUUUAAUAAAAGUGUUUAUAUUUUGGUCA